CAUCGUGAUGCCAAGAAUGUCCGUUAGCCUUCAUCUGGAGCUCGUAAAGUCUUAUUUGCUAGAGUUUUAUCAUGUCGUAAAGGUCCACCACGUCAACUGGAUUGUUGAAGUUCGUGCCGCUAAGGAUCAGGUCAUGCUCACUUCUAGUUCCCGCGUAGGUCUCGCUUGAUCCGCCUGGGGAAAGUGGGUGAUCACCACUACUUGCACUACCGAAGAAGCUGUUGCUAUCACGGCCACGGAUGCGCUUCUUUCUGCCUGGUGACAUACUCCGUACUGAAUGGGAAAGGUGUACGAGGUGAAUAUUGCUACUUGGCCCUGACGACUGCUCAUUCAAGGCUCGGUUAUGGAUGACCUACCACUUUGAGCUAGCGUGUUGUUGUGGCCCCUUAUCUAUUUAUACCCAACGGCACAUAUCAGCAUCCCUACGACGCGUGACCUUGUGGGGAUCACAACGUCGAACGUGCUUUUGUUGUAGCGACGAUGAACGACAGCAGCGAGUGCCUUCUUUCUGCAGAUGCUGCAUUCGGUCCUUCCGUGCAAGCGCCGUGCCGUGAUGGCUUCGACUUCACGUUCACAUUUGAGCAAUACUUCUUCACAGUCGCGCCCUGCGCGCUGUUGCUCAUAUUGAGUGUACCGAGAUUAUAUUCCCUGAGUCGCUCGAAACCAAAGGUGGAUGGGAAAGCCCUCAAAGUGGCAAAAUUGACGGCGAUUCUUGCGCUAUCAUGCCUGCAACUAGCUACUCUGGUACUCUGGGCAACUGACACUCAAUUGCGAGCUCGCACUCCAGCAUUGGUCGGCUCGGCCUUCGCCUUCAUCGCAUUUCUUUUGUCGUGCCCGCUAUCGUACCUAGAGCACACUCGUGCCAUUCGUCCUUCAGCCCUCCUUAACAUUUAUUUGUUCGUUACUCUGUUCUUCGAUGCCGCAGUGCUUCGGACUUUAUGGCUGAUGCCAUCUCUUGCUUCCUCGAUUUGUGAGAUCUACACUGCUUUGUUCGCCAUCAAAGUCGCCUUGAUGUUUUUGGAGGCGCAGGAGAAAGCGAAAUAUGACGAUGCGAAAGAGAUUAAUCCCGAGGCUUUCAGUGGCAUUUACAGCCAAGGCCUGUUUUGGUGGCUGAACAAGCUCAUCUGGGCGGGCGCAAAGCACCUUUUGAGUCCAGCAGAUUUGUACUCUGUCAGCUCGGACAUGACCUCCGAGGUCCUAGGUUCGAAUUUGUGGGAUCGAUGGACUGACAAUGAACAAGACAUCAAGAGCGGCAAUCCAAAGCUAGUCUGUGUAGUCUUUAGCGCCCUCAAAUGGCAGAUCAUGGCGCCUGUUCUACCUAGAUUGGCGCAGGUUGCUUUCACGCUUUGCCAGCCAGUUCUUCUGCGUCGUCUCUUGAAAUACUUAGCCGAUGAUGAACAGAAUCCAAAUAUCGGCUAUGGACUCAUCGGAGCGUAUGGAGUGGUCUACAUUGGGAUGGCCAUCACUAAUGCUCUUUACUGGCAUCACCAACUCCGUUUUCUCGUUAUGCUACGAGGAUCAAUGAUCACUACAGUCUUCAGAAAAGCUACGGACCUCAGUCUAGGACAAUUCGAUCCUGCAGAGUCGGUCACCUUGAUGAGUACAGAUGUGGAGAGAGUCAACAGAGGCUUGCUAGAUAUGCAUGAUUUCUGGGCCAAUAUAGUCCAAGUUGCCGUCGCAACAUGGUUGAUCAAAGUUGAACUUGGAGUCGCAGCUGUCGCUCCAAUUGCAGUUGCUCUAGCCACCCUUGGAGUCACCAUGUGGCUUUCAAGCUUCACAACAAAGUUCCAGAUGGCCUGGCUGGGGAAAAUCCAGGGACGAAUUGGACUUGCUUCCUCUGUUCUCUCAUCGAUGAAGAUCAUCAAGAUCUUAGGCUUGUCUACUAAAGUAGGCCGGAAGCUUGAGCAAGCCCGUAUCGAUGAAAUUCAGACUGCCGGGAAGUUCCGACUGAUUAGCGUUCUUUCCGCUAGCAUGGCUAACGUGCCUAUGCUGAUUUCGCCUGUCAUCACCUUCGUGAUCUUCAUUGCUACUGCGAAGGCACAUCAUACCACACUCGAUCCAUCCAAGCUCUUCACGUCACUCUCUCUUCUUAUCCUUCUUUCGGAGCCUCUCUUUGGGCUAUUCGCCGGACUCAUAGACUUGAUGUCAGCAAUCGGAUGCUUUGCCCGUAUUGAGAAGUAUCUCUUGACUCCGUCUCGGUCGGAGCACAGAAACUUCACGACUGUAGGAGAGAGGUCUUCUGACUCCUCGGAAAGAGCUUUGACCCCGAUAGCCUCCAAAGCCUCCAACGGAGCUAAUGAAGCCAUGGAUAACGCAAUGGUACGAAUUCGGAAUGGGAAUUUCGGCUGGAAAGUCGACGGCGAGCCAACACUUCGAGAUAUCAACAUGACUAUAGCGAAGAACCAAUUGAUCGCCAUUGUUGGCCCUGUGGGAAGUGGAAAAUCGACCCUCCUCAAAGCGAUACUCGGAGAAACUCCGUACUACGAGGGAGACAUGCACGUAUCAAAUCCUAACAUCGCAUGGUGCGAGCAAGAAUCUUGGCUCAUAAACGGUACAGUACAACGAAACAUCAUUGGCUUCUCCAGCUUCGAUGUCACACUGUACAACGAGAUCAUCUGGUGCUGCGAUCUUCACUCAGACUUGGUUGCGCUCCCCAAAGGUGAUCAGACCAAGAUCGGUAGCAAAGGGUUAUCUCUAAGUGGUGGGCAAAGGCAGCGCAUUGCCAUUGCGAGAGCACUUUACUCUGGUAGAGACUUCUUCAUAUUCGAUGACAUAUUCAGCAUGUUGGACAUGAGCACACAGAACAAAAUCUUCUCCCGGGUCCUUGGGCCUAAUGGGUUGAUGCGGAAACGUAGAGCGACUGCCGUACUGGCAACACAUGCAGAGAGAUUUCUUCGUUACGCCGACCAUAUCAUCGUCCUUUCUAGCAAAGGUACGAUAUCCGAGCAAGGAUCUUUCGCUGAUCUCUCAAAGGCAGGCGGCUACGUAGCUCCUAGUGCGAAAGUCAACUCUAGCGAGUCCUCUGUGAACACUGUGUCAGGCGACGCCGAUCCAAAAGUCGAUUUUGCAUCAUCCGACGCAACUGUAGCCGACGACACGGCUCCUCUCGACAAGGCUCGUCAAAUCGGUGACUUUAAAGUGUAUCGCUACUACUUCUCAUUCUUGAGCUGGAAAAUAGGUUUCAUGUUCCUGGUUCUACAAGUCUCUUACGCUUUUCUCAACACUUUCCCAACUGUUUGGUUGAAGUGGUGGACCGAUGCGAAUGAUCAGAGCACUCAUGACAGGAGUGCAUUGUACGUCGGAGUAUACGCAGCUUUUCAAAUUUCGGCCCUUGUGGCCUCAGCUUCUGUUACAUGGUGGUCUUUCAACGUCAUGGCCGUUCAAACUGGGCUCAAAUUACACGACAUUGUAGUCAAGACAGUCAUGGCGGCCCCUCUCACCUUCUUCAGCACAACUGAUAGUGGAGAUACACUUACCAGGUUCAGCCAAGACUUUCAGCUACUGGACAUGUCGUUGCCUCUAGCUUUGAUGGUAGUAGUCACAAACGCGCUCAUAUGUAUGGCCCAAAUUGCUCUUAUCGCCACAGCAUCCGCUUGGAUAAGCCUCAGCUUCCCUUUCCUCUUCGCAGUUUUUUAUUUCGUCCAGAAAUACUACCUUCGUACGUCGCGCCAAAUGCGACUCCUUGACAUCGAACAGAAGGCGCCUCUAUACACACAGUUUGGAGAGACUCUAGAAGGACUCGCUACCAUACGAGCGUACUCGUGGACCCAACAUACGAUCGAACAUAGCAACAAGCUGGUGGACAACAGCCAGAAACCAUACUACCUGAUGUAUGCGAUCCAACGAUGGCUCUCGCUUGUGUUAGACCUUAUUAUUGCCGCACUGGCCACUUUGGUCGUUGGUAUUGCCAUAGCCCUCCGGGAUGCUAUUUCGCCUGGCUUCACUGGCGUCUCUCUCACACAGCUUAUAUCAUUUUCAUCGUAUCUAAAGCUGAUGAUAAUGUUCUGGACGCAGAUGGAAACCUCGAUUGGCGCUGUGGCACGCAUAAAACGGUUCGGCGAGCAAACGGCCAGCGAACACGACUCUGAUGUGCAGGACCCACCGCAAGACUGGCCGAGUCGUGGGGAGGUAUCCAUCACCGAUGUUACCGCAAAAUACGCACCAGACAAGGACGCCACUGCGCUAUCGAACAUUUCGUUGACAAUUAGACCAGGCGAAAAGAUUGGCAUUGUAGGCCGCACGGGCUCGGGGAAGUCUUCGCUUAUUCUCACGCUGUUCCGCAUGCUGGAUGUCUCGUCCGGCAGCAUCACCAUUGAUGGUCUCGAUAUAUCCACACUCAAGCCUGAAGGUGUACGACGGCAGAUUGUCGGCGUCACCGAGGCUCCAUUCAUCAUGCCAGGUACGGUGAAAGAGAAUCUCGAUCCCUACGCGGAAGCCAACGACGAGAGUCUCACUUCUGCAUUGAAGAAAGUCGGAUUAUGGGACACGGUAGAGAGCAUUGGGGGCCUCGAGGCCGACACGGAAGCCCUGAAACUGAGCGUUGGUCAACGACAGCUGUUCAACAUAGCGGGGGCCUUGGUCAGGAAGGCAGGAAAGAUUCUGAUUAUGGAUGAGGCUACGAGCAGUAUCGAUGAGGCAACCGAUAAGAUCGUGCAACGCGCUAUCCGUGAGGAAUUCAAGGACCGUACGGUUAUCUACGUCGCGCAUCGUCUCGAUGCUAUCCUCGACUUUGACCGUGUGGCGGUCAUGGACAAGGGGUCUCUUGCGGAGAUCGACGAGCCGAAGAAGCUUUUAGCGAGAGAAACAAUGUUCAGGGCGCUGUAUAAUGCUAGUUCAAAGGGUAACAGAGUUGCUAGUGAGGGAGAUGGAAUCGAUAUUGAUCAAAUAAAAACGCAUUAGAGAGUGGGUUGAAGAACUAGGCGGGCUAUUCUUCUCUUCUGAAUGCAAUGGGUGGUGAUUAUGGAGCUAAUGGGAGGGUUGGUACAUAU